UGACUCUCCUUUCAGUCCGUCUUUUUUGUUCGGAGCGCUGUUCACAAGCAACAUUUGUAGGGGGAGAGAAGUAGGCAAAAAGACGGAGAAGUGUCCCCCAGAAAAGACGCCGUCCUGUGGUUAUCCGAUUAUCUUCUGUGUGUUUUCUAAAGGUUGGCUCCAUCGUUGUGCCUUUGAUAACCUGAGACAAGGAUGGCAAUGCAAAUGGGUGAGAUGGAUAGUGGCAUGGUAAAGGUUCAAGAGUGGCAGCAGACAAUUUACGGGCUCGACUCCGGCAUCCAGUCUGGAGCCACCACCAUCAGAGACGAAGAGGGCGAGUACAAAAGCUCAAAGAAUUACAUUAAGACCACCACCUUCACCAGGGAGGAGCCUGCCUUGGAAACCCAGUACAUAAUGAACAGAGCUCAGCGGGUUCGGGCCGCAAUGUUCCCCGAGAGUUUGGAGGAAGGCACCACCAUCUUGUCAACCCAGACAGACCAGUCCCAGAUGACCAACGUCCAGCGGCUGGCCGAGCCCUCGCAGAUGCUCAAAACAGCCAUCGUGCAUCUGAUCAACUACCAGGAUGAUGCCGAGCUGGCCACAAGGGCCAUCCCGGAGCUCACUAAACUGCUCAAUGAUGAAGAUCAGGUGGUGGUCAGCAAGGCGGCACAGAUUGUCAACCAGCUCACCCGUAAGGAGGCUUCACGGCGUGCCCUGAUGCAGUCCCCUCAGGUGGUGGCGGCAGUGGUCCGAGCCAUGCAGAACACAAACAACAUGGAGACAACCAAGGCCACAGCCAGCAUCCUCCACAACCUGUCCCACCAGAGGGAGGGUCUGCUCGCCAUCUUCAAGUCAGGAGGGAUCCCCGCUCUUGUCCGUAUGCUCAGCUCUCCAAUGGAGUCUGUCCUCUUCUAUGCCAUCACCACACUUCACAACCUGCUGCUGCACCAGGAGGGAGCCAAGAUGGCCGUGCGUCUGGCCGACGGACUGCAGAGGAUGGUCCCGCUGCUGAAGAAGAAGAACGCCAAGUUCCUGGCCAUUACCACAGACUGUCUGCAGCUGCUGUCCUAUGGCAACCAGGAGAGCAAGCUGAUAAUCCUUGCCAAUGGAGGUCCUGAGGGUCUUGUUCAAAUCAUGAAAACCAACAACUACGAGAAGCUGCUGUGGACCACAAGCCGUGUCCUUAAAGUCCUCUCUGUCUGCCCCAGCAACAAACCAGCCAUUGUAGAGGCUGGUGGGAUGCAGGCUCUGGGUAAACACCUGUAUGGCUCUACCCCGCGUCUGAGGCAGAACUGCCUGUGGACUCUCAGAAACCUGUCUGAUGCUGCAACCAAGGAGGAGGGAGUUGAAAGCCUGCUGCAGAUUCUGGUGGAGCUCAUCAGUUCAGACGACAUCGGCAUGCUCACCUGCGCUACCGGCAUCCUGUCCAACCUCACAUGCAACAACAGCAACAACAAAUCUCUGGUCACCCGGAGUAAUGGCGUUGAAUCCCUGCUCCGUGUCAUGAUGCGCUCUAGGGAGAAGGAGGAUGUGAUUGAGCCGGUGGUUUGUGCUCUGCGGCAUCUGACUUCACGCCACCAGCUGGCCGACGCGGCGCAGCACAGUGUGAGGACGGACUACGGCAUCCCACCUAUCUCCAAGUUGCUCAACCCUCCCCACUACUGGCCAGUCAUCAAGGCUGCUGUUGGCCUGAUCCGUAACCUGGCCUUGUGCCCAGAAAACCAGGCCCCCCUCAGAGAUGCAGGAACCAUUCCCCGUCUGGUCAACCUGCUGGUCACAUCCCACCAAGACACUCAGAAGCAUGGUUCAUCCAAUCAGCAGCCAUUCCAGGAUGGAGUGAGGAUGGAGGAGAUUGUGGAGGGCAGCACAGGAGCUUUGCACAUCCUGGCAAGAGAUCCCAUCAACAGAGAAGAAAUCGCCAACUUAGAUGUUAUUCCACUCUUUGUGCAGCUCCUCUACUGCCCGAUGGAAAACAUGAAGCGCGUGGCGGCAGGCGCUCUUUGUGAACUGGCCUUGAGCAAACAAGCAGCUGAAAAGAUCGACGCAGAGGGAGCAGCAGCUCCACUGAUGGAGCUACUGCACUCUAGCAACGAGGGCAUUGCUACCUAUGCUGCUGCUGUGCUCUUCCGCAUCUCUGAGGAUAAGAACUUGGACUACAAGAGGCGUAUCUCUGUGGAGCUAACACACUCUCUGUUCAAACACGACCCUGCAGCGUGGGAGCAGGCCCACAACACUAUCAUGGAAGAAAACUAUGCAGAUGAAAUAGACGGUGGAUUCCAGGACUACCCAUACCAUGGGGAAAUGCAAAUGGAUACCCUUGAUGGGCAUAUGAUGCAGGAGGAUUAUGCACCAGGCAUCUACGACAGACAGUACAAUGACCGAUAUUAACGGUCAGUAUGUGAUGAUGUAGAAAGAGAGGAAGAGGAGGCAGAGGGCCUGGAGUGGGAUUGAAUGAUAGAGAGAAGAUGAGAAUACAUUCACCAGUAGAGAUAACUGCUCCUGCUCUCCACCUGCUGUAAAAUAUGCAAUUAUUGUCAAGUAUGGGACUCAUAAUCUUAACAGGGCUCAACUUUGUGUUUUAUAGAAAUGAAUUUGAUUUUUAGUAAUGACAGCUUUUAAGUUUUUGUUUUAAAAAAAAAACAUUAGAAGUGUGUGCAUGUGAGUGUGUGUGUGUGUGUGUGUGUGUUUAUGCUUCUGGGUGGGUGUCCUAUGCCAAAGAGAUUUUUAUUUUGUGACAAUCAUGUAGCCUUUUUUUUUUUUUUUCAUUUUUAAUGAUAAAGAAAAUAAUAUUUGAGAACACUGCCAGAGGUGUCUCAGCGUGCACGGUGCACCUACUCACUACUCGGUUUUGGGCCUUUUUUUUUUCUAACAAACAUCACUGUUUUCAUUGUAGUUUUGACACUUUGUACUGUCAACAAUCUCCCGCUGUGAGCUAGAGAUUGAGUUUGUUAACAUGUUCUUUAGGUGAUAAUUCAAUAGAAGGGAACAAUGAUACUCAAAGAGACCAGAGCGGAGCUGUUGCCCACUCCAAUGCAAUCAGCUGAUGUGAUUUACUAGAAUUGGAGACAUUUUUCUUUUCUGACUUACUGUCAUUUUAUAAGUUGUUCACUUGGAGAACUUCAGCGUAUACCCUCCAUGAAUUUAGUAGAAAAGUCUUUGAUUUUUGAUGUGAAUUUUAAAGAGAAACUGGUGCGUAGCUGUGGUGAAAGUCACAACCAGGAGGACUGUUGGAGAUGAGAUGAUGGAGCCCGGAUGGCCUCGCAGCUGCCAGCGAACUACUGACAGGGAAAUCUUUCUAUUUCAUAAAGAGUUUUUACUGAGAUUUUGUUUAAUAAAAAUAAAGGAUAUAUAAAAAAUG